ACCUCAAUUGCUGCUGCAUUGUUUGAUUACCUAAUGUUGCAUAAAAGAUUCCGAUGCCUGGAAGUGUCAGCACAGUCGUCUCGAAGACAUCAAAGCUUAAGGAUCAUCAUAAGCGAGAAUGGAUAAUUAUACGCACAAAAAAUUCACAGGAGCUCUGAAACGUAAACGCGGCCAAAAUGAGGAUUCAGACGAUGAAGAUGUCAUCUUCAUUACAAAGGAGUCUCCUCAGCCCUUGGCCAAACGUCAACGAAAACUCUUUCGCCCUUGGUUAGAUAAUGACACUGAAACACAAGACAAGGCGUCGCCACCACCAACACCACCAGUCACCACUGCCACCACAUAUCAUGCCAAUAUGGUUAGAGCCCACAUUUCUUCACGUCAACGAAGUCCCCAGGAGCAAUUGCGUCGUGAUCGCAAUACUUUGGCCAGUCUUCGACAUCGUCGCAGCAAGCAGCAGCAACAAUUGCAACUGGAGCAGCAAUAUGCUGCUUCCCGGCGCCAACAUGAAGUCAAUCUGGAGCAACAAAUCCGCUUGAGUCUGUAUUAUGUGAGAUUCCUUCAACAGACUUUGGCACAAAGUCAUCCCAUCGAUGCGUCAGAACUGAAAGGAGUCCCACAACAUUUAGCACAACACAAAUCAUCGCUACAGAAGUCUUGAUCUGUGAAGUAGGCAAAUAAUUGUAAAUACAUUUUUAUUUA